UGCUGUUCGUCUUCUGGAAUUCGAAGUGAAGAAUUGGAGCUUCGAGUCGCGUUUCUCUGAGAGAAGUUCUUCUUUACCGGCCAUCAACUAUAAAUUCAUGAAGCGAUUCUCAUGGUUCUUCUCCGCGAAAUGUAGGCUUGGAGGCGUGAGAGGAUAUUCUGCCACAAAAAAAGAGCUGCAAAUCGAUGGAAUUAAGCAUGCUAUAGCCAUCGCUUCUGGGAAAGGUGGCGUCGGCAAGUCCACCACUGCAGUUAAUUUGGCUGUUGCACUUGCAAACAAGUGGCAGCUGAAGGUUGGUCUACUUGAUGCUGAUGUAUAUGGACCCAAUGUUCCAACUAUGAUGCAAAUCCAACAAAAGCCAGAGUUGACUGAAGAUAGGAAAAUGAUUCCUGUUGAGAACUAUGGAGUUAAAUGCAUGUCAAUGGGCUUACUCGUGGAAAACAAUGCUGCUCUUGUGUGGAGAGGUCCUAUGGUGUCAAGUGCUCUCGAGAAAAUGACAAGGGGAGUUGCCUGGGGAAAUCUUGAUAUUCUUCUUGUUGAUAUGCCUCCUGGUACAGGCGAUGUUCAGAUUACUAUCUCACAGAGAUUGUCGCUCUCUGGUGCAUUGAUUGUUUCAACACCUCAGGAUGUUGCAUUAAUGGAUGCUCGUAGGGGAAUUAAAAUGUUCUCUAACGUCCACGUUCCGAUUUUGGGAAUUGUAGAGAACAUGAGCUACUUUACGUGUCCACAUUGUGGUGAACGUUCCUAUAUCUUCGGAAAUGGAGGAAGUCGCAAGGCAGCUGAUGAGAUGGGUAUCAUAUUCGUCGGUGAGGUACCAUUAGAAGAGAAGAACAGGAAAUGUUGUGAUGAAGGUGUCCCUAUUGUAAUAUCAGAACCAAAUUCCGUAGUUUCUACAGCAUAUGUAGACAUUGCCCAGAAAGUCAUGCAGCGAAUUGAGGAGGUGGAGAGUCAAAAACUACUCCAUCCAAAGAUUCAACUAUAACCCCAGCAGCCCCUCUUUUUAAUCUAUAAUUGAGCAACAGAUUCUUUUCCAUUCCUUUUAAAUAAUUGCAUCAAGUUCUUGCAUGAAUUUGAUAUUUAUCUGGAUUUUAUUUUCCCAUUAGUUUUCACUCUUUGGUUCGUCUUCUCUAGCGCCCUUUUCUUGGAAGGCGUUAAAUGGUAAGUAAACCUGAAGGAAGAAACUUCUAAACAA